UUGUGGUUAAUUAGGCAAGUGAGUAGAACGACACUUGUCAUGGCAAAAAUCCAGCAGAGCUCAUGCAAUCUACUUUGGCAGUGGGGCGUUCUUUGGAAAGGACUGCAGCAUCUCAGCAACUCUCUCUCUCUCUCUCUCUCUCUCUCUCUCUCUCUCUCUCAAUUUCUGUUUGGCUCUCUCCAUGAUACAUCAAGCUCAGUGACCGAAGCCAAAAAUCCACUCCCUCUGUGCUCUCACUCUUCUCGUCUGCUUGUGAGGAAUCUGGAUUUGUUUUAUGCAAAGAGUGGAGAGAACUGCAACCUAGAAGAGUUUAGCAGAUAGAUGUGGUGCCAUUCCCCACCACCAUAAGGAAGCUGACUGGCAAACCUGAAUUGCCAGCAGGGAGAGCGACUGAACAGCUAAGCAACUGCUGGGAGUUUCAGCCUGCCUGUGGUGCAGGUUUUUCAAGUCACACACACCUGCCUGUCACACACUAUAUCUUCCAUUUAUUUUUACACACACACACACACACACACACAUAUACACAGGUGCCGAUUGAGGUCACCGCCUCCACAGGUACUUAAAUAUUCACCUAGAACAUCAACUGCCUAAAGAAGACCUGGUUGCUUCCCAGUCACCUUCAAACUUGUCCAAAGAGAAGAUGUCCACAGAAACAACUGACAGUCCCACGGAGGAACAGGUGGAAAUCCUGGAGUACAACUUUAACAAAGUGAACAAGCACCCUGACCCUGCUACCCUCUGCCUUAUUGCUGCUGAGGCAGGGCUGACCGAGGAAGAGACCCUGAAAUGGUUCAAGAAGCGCCUGGCUGAAUGGAGGAAAUCAGAAGGUCUCCCUUCAGAGAGCGGGUCUGUCAGAGAUUGACUGGAACUUUCCUUCUAGAAAUGGUCCUGGGAAAACUGACUGCCCAAUUAUUUCUUGUGCUGAGGAAUGGCACGUUAUUAUCAGAACUCAUCCUCUUCCUGUUAUUUAACCAGCGGCCUUAUUUAAAAUGUACAUACCUCUAGUGUGUGUGGGGGUAGGGAAGAAUUAAUUAUUCAAGAGCAUAUCUAUAAGUUAGGAUAUUAUCUUACAAAAUGUACAAAAAAGAAACCUAAAAUCUGGUAUGGAGGUGGUGUGGUUGAUAAUGACGUUUCCUUUCAUGCCUGGUAAAACUAAUAUAAAUGAGCAAACAGAAGAAAUAUACACAUACUGUACUUAUAUACUGUACUUCUGACCAUACCUUCAAAAACAACGUCAGUGCAAGAGCACAGAAGAGCAACAUGCACAAAUCAAAUGCAGUCAUUGACAAUAUAGGAGAUGAAACAUUGGGGCUCAAUUUAGUUUUGUUUGUAGACGUGGAGGCCUUCUAUAUGUGCAAACAGGCACUCCUGCAGGAGGUGACCUUGCAAUAUGUCUGCACCCACAUUCAUCUUCUUGAAUCUGUGCAUACAGGAAGUUCACAUGGUGCCACAGCCACUCCAAGCCAGAUGUACAAAUCCUUCUUUACACCCUUCGCCAGCAAAGCAUCUAGCACCCUGAGCCCCAUCCUGUGCAGGUUCCUUGCACUCAGACCACCAUGCAGGCAACUGCAUUGCCCAAACAUGCCAAGUGCAUUCAGUAAUGAUUGGAUCCAGAGUGCACCAAGGCAGCCAGGUUCCUCUCCUUCCUAUUCAGAUUCCUGGCCUUAGUUGGACUGACACUGUAUUAUCAAGAUCUUGGAGUACCACUUACCCAUGGCCUCAAAGUAUGCAUAUCAAAGCUAGCUAUAAGAACUGGAACAUGCCUGCAGUUCAUUGAACAUCAACAUAAGUACAUGAUAAUAUGUGUAUGCUUAUACAGUGACUGUAUUUCCUAGAAACAAGAAUAUUCCCUAACACGUUAAUAAAAAAUGGAUGUUUUGUGAAAA